UAAUAAUGGUGCAAAACAACAUAUUAUAUCUAUUGGCGAACUUGGAAAAUCAUUUGUGGAAAUAAGGAACACUAAUUGUUAAGCAAUUUAAGAGAUGUCGUCAUACAGUGUUCAGACUGAAAAUCUCAUUGAAGAAUUGGGUGGUUGCGGUCAUCUUCAAGUAUUGCUUUGUUUAUGCAUACACAGUUCAAACACGAUAAUAUUUUGGAGCAUACUAGCAAUGUCUUUCAUUGGAUAUACCCCUGAUUUCUCGUGCACAGUAUUGGACGUCACACAGUCAUCUUUAUCUACACUUAAUCUAAGCAAUGUUUCGCCUGAUCACCUAUGUUCUGCAGGCCCGAAUGCAACGUGUAGUUCCUACAUUUUUCAGCAAUCAGCAAAUACUAUUGUAACAGAGUGGAGUCUAAUUUGUGACAGGCGCUGGAUUGUGGCAUUUAUUACAACAUUACAAAUGGUAGGUCUAGUUGUCGGAUCAAUAAUUGCAGGACAGAUGGCCGACUGUCUUGGACGGAAAACAACAAUUAUCUCAGGAAUUGCUUUUUUGACUAUUUUCAAUUUUAUUGGACUUUUUACUCAGUCAUGGAAAAUGUAUGCAGCUAUUCGUUUUUUCAUCGGUAUAGGAGCAGGACUCCCGUAUACUGUUCAGUUUACAUAUAUGAUUGAAUUCGUAACAUCAAAAUGGCGACCACUAGUAGUUUGUUUCCCUUCAUCAGCAAUUGCAGCAAUGUUAUUGGCUCCUGUUUCCUGGUGGUUAUAUGACUGGAGGAAUUUACACAUUCUAAAGACGUUAGUUGGUGCACUCUUUACCAUAAUAAUUUGGUUUUUACCAGAAAGUUUUAGAUGGCUGUGUACUAAACUAAAAUUUGAAGAUGCAAGAACGGCAAUAGAUGUUGUUUCAAAAGUGAAUAGAAGAAAAUAUUCAAGCCUCACAGAUUUAUUUCAUAAAGCGAAAGAAGAAACCAUUUCAAAUACCACAUUG